UUUCCAAAUCCAGCUUUACUGUGUUUAUUCCAAUCCUCCCGGAUUGCUGGUGCAGCUGCAAGCCUGCACGUAUCCCUCGGAAUGAGACAGAGUAUGCAGAGUAUGUGGAUAAGUUGAAAUCUGCCAUACAAGUGGAGUUACUCCUUGAUACUGGG